CACCCCCCACCCCCAAUCUUUUGUCACGUCCUUCUCCUUCCCCCUCAAAGCGAGAGCUCCGUAUCGCCGGCCUCCCCCCCGAUCCAAUCCCAAAGAUACCUUUUGCCCUCUUCUCUUGCGCGGCCCUUUCGCUACCAUGGCGGCGGAAGGGGAGGACAAGAAGGAUGCUAAUUCCGUUGGAGGCGGCGGCGGCGGCGGCGAGAACACCCUGGAGGCGGCGGAGGAGGCGAUUCUGCAGGCGGUAGGGCAAGAACCCGGUCAAGAAUUGGAGGGCGAGGUGGAGGAGAGCGCAGAUCGAGAGGGGAACGGCGACGACGCUGGGAAGGAAGAUAGUGGGUGUAAAGAUCUGGUCCUGGUAGAGGACCCUGUCCUGGUCGAGGAUCCAGAGGAAGCGGUAGCAACUGCAGCACUUCAGGAAGAAAUGAGAGCGCUUUUCGCGUCUGUCCCUGAAGGUGCUGGGGCAUCAUUUACUGCGAUGCAGCUGCAGGAGCUAGAGCAGCAGUCUCGGGUAUACCAGUAUAUGGCUGCCCGCGUGCCUGUGCCUACCCAUCUCGUCUUCCCCAUCUGGAAGAGUGUUACCGGUGCAUCCUCUGAAGGCGCACAGAAUUACCCUACAUUGAUGGGAUUGGCAACACUCUGCUUGGACUUCGGGAAGAGCCCAGAACCAGAACCAGGAAGGUGCCGGCGAACAGAUGGAAAAAAGUGGCGAUGCUGGAGAAAAACAAUCCCAAACGAGAAAUAUUGUGAACGCCAUAUGCAUCGUGGUCGCAAGCGUCCUGUACAGGUUAUUGUUGAGGAUGACGAGCCUGAUUCCGCAUCAGGGUCAAAAUCGUCAUCUGGCAAAGUCACUGAAGGAGGCAAGAAGACUGACGACAAGAGUUCAAGUAGCAAGAAGCUUGCAGUGGCAGCACCAGCUGCUGUGGAGUUUACAUGAUUGAUGAUGCAGCAUUUGGAAGGUGCAAGAAGAGCGUAACCGCCAUGGCAAUUAGAGUUCCGUUAUUGUAAUCCUCAAAAGACUUUAGUGUUGUCUAGCUAUAACCUCAUUAAGCAAGCAAAAUGUCUUGUCGGAAGAAGCCACAAAAACCCCUGUUUAGCUGUCACUGAAUCUUUCAGUUUAGGUGUAUAGUUUGAAUUAGCUUGGUCGUGCUUUCGGCCUUUGGGCAGGUGAUGCGGCAUAAUUGGAUAAGUCUUCCCUCACUGAUAAGUCGCAUUGUGACUCAAGAAACUGGUGGAUGAAUCUGCAGAGAGUAGAUACUAUUUGUUGUGUGCUUUUAUUGGCCUUCACAAUUGUGUUGUUUGUCAGUUGCAUAACAAUUGGAAGAUCCAUACAAUUUUAGACCCUAUGGAGAUUCAGUUAUGAGAAUACAUAUCUUUAGUUUCAA